AUUAUUAAUACAUAGUAUACAUAGUAUUUUAAACUCAUGAUGUUUAAAGAUAUUUCUAUAGUUGAUUAUGAUUGUUAUGAAAAAUAUGAUGAUCCGGCAUUCAGUUAUGUUAUCAAACAAUCAGAAUUAGCUAUAGAUAAUAGCGUCUUUCCUGAACGCAUUUAUCAAGGGUCCAGUGGCAGCUAUUUUGUUAAAGAUACAAAUAAUAAAAUUAUUGGUGUUUUUAAACCAAAAGAUGAAGAACCAUAUGGAUUGUUGAAUCCAAAAUGGAUUAAAUGGCUACACAAAAACUGUUGUCCAUGCUGUUUUGGACGUUCUUGUUUAAUACCUAAUCAAGGAUACUUGUCAGAAGCUGGUGCUAGUCUUGUAUCAAUUAAACUUGGAUUGAAUAUUGUACCUAAAACUAAGGUUGCAAAGUUAGUUAGUGAGACAUUCAACUAUGGACGUAUAGACAGAGAGAAGACUAGAAUGAAACAUGCUAUUAACGAUCAUUUUCCUAAAUUGGGACGGCGAUUUAAUAGACUUGGUCUUAGGCCCAAAAUAGGAUCUUUCCAAUUAUUUAUGGAAGGUUACAAAGAUGCUGAAUAUUGGCUUAGGCGACUUGAAUUAGCCCCACUGCCAUUAAAUCUUCAAUCCCGUUUUCAAAUUCAAUUUGAAAGGCUUGUUGUGUUAGAUUACAUUAUUCGAAACACUGAUCGAGGUAAUGAUAAUUGGUUGAUUAGGUAUGAUCAACCGAGCUUAAGCUCAAGCCCAAAUGCUAGCCUUACAAAUUCCACAGUCAGCGAAAGCUCAAAUGAAUGGAAUAGUGUUCAAGAACCAGACAUAAAGAUAGCAGCUAUUGAUAAUGGCUUAGCAUUCCCAUUUAAACACCCUGAUUCAUGGCGCGCAUAUCCUUAUCAUUGGGCAUGGCUUCCUCAAGCAAAGAUUCCAUUUAGUAAAGAUACAAAAGAACUAGUAUUACCUUAUCUGUCUGAUAUGAACUUUGUUCAAGAUUUGUGUGAUGAUCUUUACACUUUGUUUAAGAUAGACAAAGGAUUUGAUAGACAUAUGUUUGAAAAACAAAUGAGUGUUAUGCGUGGGCAGAUAUUAAAUUUAACUCAAGCUCUAAAAGAUGGUAAAAGUCCUGUACAACUUGUUCAAAUGCCAGCUGUUAUUGUUGAACGGUCUAAAGGUCAUGUGGGAACUACUUCCAAGUUUCGUUCAUUCAGUGAUACAUUUACUCAAAGAUUUCAAAACAAAAGUCCUUUUUUUUCAUGGUGUUAAAUACUUUUUAUUUAGAAUACAUACAUUUUAAUAGUGGUCAGUUUUUUUAAAUUUAUUUUAAUUGCA